GCAGGCAGUGAGUGCGUUCACAGCCAUUGCAGCGAGCGGCUGUCGGACAGGCAGUGUGUAAGAUAGAGAGAGACAGCGGACACUCGACAAUAUUGACGGCUAACAUCCACCGUCUCCUAAACCGACAGAAGCCAAAAUGGCAAGAGGUGAUCCAAAAAAACCCCGAGGCAAAAUGUCCUCGUAUGCAUUUUUCGUCCAAACUUGUCGUGAGGAGCACAAGAAGAAGCAUCCCGAUGCAAGUGUCAACUUCUCCGAAUUCUCAAAGAAGUGUGCAGAAAGAUGGAAGUCCAUGACGAGUAAAGAGAAACUAAAAUUUGAAGAUAAGGCGAAAGAAGACAAGAUCCGUUGGGAGAAAGAAAUGAAGAAUUAUGAGCCACCAAAAGGUGCCAAGAAAAUGAAGAAAAAGAAGGACCCUAAUGCACCAAAGAGGCCUCCAUCUGCUUUCUUUGUGUUCUGCUCUGACUGGCGCCCCAAAAUUAAAGAGGAAAAUCCUGGAGCAUCAAUUGGAGAUACAGCCAGAAAGUUGGGUGUGCUUUGGAAUGCAACAUCUGCAAACGAAAAGAUUCCAUAUGAAAAGAGGGCAGCAAAACUCAAGGAAAGAUAUGAAAUGGAUCUUGCAGCGUAUCGUGCUAAAACAAAGUCUGAUUCUACCAAGAAGGCUUCAACUGCCAAAGUAGAAAAGAAGAAGGUGGUGGAGGAAGAAGAGGAGGAAGAUGAGGAAGAAGAGGAUGAGGAUGAGGAGGAAGAGGAGGAGGAGGAGGAAGAAGAUGACGACUGAAUUUUAUUCAACUUUCUUCCAGCAACAUUUCUCAGCUAUAGAGCAUUUACCCUUGCCCUGUACACACUGCUUCUUUUUAAAAUAUAUAAGGCUAUGUAUAUGAGAAUUUGAUUUUAAACUGUACAGUUUAUUUUUGUUUUGUAUAGUUAACACACUAUAACAGUGUCUUUGGGUGAUCCAAAGUCUCUGUCCUUAAUGGUGUUUUGUUUGAUGCUUGCCUUGGUCGGUACAGUGAAGAGAAUACAAAAUGGCAUGGUGAGAGCAACUUCAUGUUGACACACAUCACCAACUGGCUUUGGGGAAGGGGCAGUUAAUUUGCUUUUGAGUUGUUGUAAGGUUCUUGGUGUAUCAAACAUUGUGCUAGAAUCUGAGAUUGCCACACUGUAAUUGCCUAAAAAUUGCAGCUUUGUGUUUUUGUUGAUCUUUGAAAUGCUUACAAAAUAAAACUUUUUAUUAAUGCUU